UCUAAUAACCAAACCAGCAACCCGGAAAAAGCCAACUGACUCUAUCCCAACCACACAAGCAACCAGGAGGCAGUGAGAAGUUGUGUGAUGGACAAAUCAAUACUCUUUUGGGGACAGUUGAUGAGUUCCAUGGGUUUAACCGCAGGCGGGACUAUCCUGUCAGCUUUGUAGCUCGCGGGGCGCUGGCUGCAGUGGUGCGCGCUGACUCUCCACCGCGGUGAUAUGUGAAGCAGCAGGCAUGCCGUAUCUGGAUCGACUCAACCGUGUGUGUGGUUUCCUGGACAUAGAGGAGAAGGAGAACAGUGGGCGCUUCCAGAGGAGAUACUUCAUCUUGGACACACAAGAAAAUGCUCUUCUCUGGUACAUGGACAACCCUCAGAAUCUAGCCCGUGGAGCCAGCGUUGUGGGCAGCCUAAAACUAACCUACAUCUCCAAGGUGAAUGAAGCCACAGCCAAGCAGAAACCCAAGACUGAGUUUUGCUUUGUUAUAAAUGCAGUUUCCAGGCGCUAUUUCCUUCAAGCCAAUGAUGAAACAGACAUGAGAGACUGGGUGGCUGCUCUGAAUAAGGCCAGCAAGAUCACUGUCCCAAAGCCUGGAUCAGCACCCACUAGACCUGAUGGUACAGCAAUUAUUACUGAUCCUCUGCCAAAACAUACAGGGCGAAAACAGCAGGCUUACAAAACCGAGAUCAUUGGUGGAGUCGUGGUUCACACUCCUAUAGUGAACGAGGGUGAAGAUGUAGAGCAGAGAGAGAAGAGCAGGCCUGGUGUUCUGAGGUGUGGAUACUGUGUGAAACAGGGAAAUGUGAGAAAAAACUGGAAAAGACGAUUUUUCACGUUGGAUGAUAAUGCCAUUAGUUACUACAAAUCUGAGACGGAGAAGGAGCCUCUUCGGUCUGUUCCUCUGAGAGACAUUCAGAAAGUCCAUGAAUGUCUUGUCAAGUCAGGGGAUUUGUUACUCAGAGAUAACCUGUUUGAGAUCAUCACUAGUUCCCGCACUUUCUACAUUCAGACAGAUUCUCCUGAUGAAAUGCAUGGGUGGAUCAGAGAUAUUGACAUGAAAAUCCAAGAUUUUAGAGGCCCAUCUAAGCGGUCCUCCUCUCUGUAUCGUUGUCACAAAGUCUCAUCAGACUCCAGUGCUCAGGCAGAGGACCGCAGACCGGUGCUGCAGAAGUCCCGCUCCGUGGCUCCAGGCUGGCAGCCGUGGACCCCUGUGCCCCCUGGGGAACCCUCCAUCCUGGAUGGAGAAGAGGAUGAUAGUGCCUUCAGCUCUUUACCAAUUUUACCUUCUCUCUCAUCUUCAUCAACAUCCUCCUCCACCUCUUCCUCCUCUAACUCGCUGUCAGUCCCACCCAUAUGCCCCAGUGCAGCUGCAGGAUCUUCAGCAGGUUUGGGGAUGGUGGCCGCUUCUGGAGAUGUGGCCAGUGAGAGGCGGAGGCACCGCUCUCAUCCACAGCCGCACAGCAGCUGUUACCCCUUUAGUCUGGACGACGACAGCAUUCGUACCACAGACGUUUAGAUCCAGACAACAGCUUGGCACUUUGAAUGUGACAAAGCGUCCUCUGCUCAGAAAGUAAUACUGAGAGAAAGUCCCAGUUCUUUGGCGUAUGGCCUCCUGCUGGAGGUUUCGGGUACUGCUGGUGUUGCUGGCUUUUGUUAAAGACAAAAAUAUGAACAGUGUUAGUUAAAUGUGAAACUUGGAUUUAGUGUUUUACCAAUAUUCUUCAAAACUUGAAUACUUGUUUUAUAAAUGUUGCUUGCAAAUUAGAAAUGAAGGCACAUGCGUUUACUUACUCCUCUUUUGCACUUGGCUUUUAUGCUAUCAAUUUACUUAAAAGUUGAAAAACAUGUAUUUUAGAUCAGUGCUUGAAGGCCUACUAUAUAUUUAUAUAAGAAAUACAUUUGUUACACCCACUUCCUGUAACAAUAGUUGGAAAACCCUGGCACAGAUGCCUUAAUAUUAUCAGAAAUAGUUUUUAUUGCUUAAACACUGAUAUCUUGAAAGGCAUAUUUUUUAACUCAAAUAAUAAUCAAUACAUAGAAGACUUUAUUGAAGUGAUAUUAAUAAAUGCAAUGGCAAUAAAUGGUACUUUUGAGAAUGUACAUUUUAUAUAAGUACAGCUGGAAAUAGAGAAUGUGAUUUGAAGUUGAAGCAUAUUCGGGAAUUGUGCCACUGUUAUGAAAUUGAAUUGUGCACUUUGCUAUUAUUUUAAUGUGUUUUUGUUCCUAAACUGUAAAUCCCUUUUUAUAGAGGACCAUAAAAACAUCUAAUUUUC